GAGAGGGAGGGGAGCGCUAAAAGGAGAGUGACCGGGUCGGGGUGACCGCAGAGGGACUGGGGAGACAGUCCCGCCGGGAAGGACGGUGCCCGGCUCCAGGGGAGACCGUGGCCCAGGGGCACUUGCCACCGCCGGCAGGCUCAGGCCCCCACGUCUCUUGGGCAUUGCCUCCAUCAUGAGCUCCAGGGCACCCCACCCCCUGCCGCUCCUCACACUGCUGCUGCUGCUGCUGCUGCCGCCCCCACAGGUCAACCUCAUCAGCAGCUCCCAACAACAACAGGAUCCUCGGGAGCAAACAAAGGGAGACGGCCACCGGCCUCUACGGCGGUUCAAGAGAAGAUGGGUUGUCACCACCUUGGAACUGGAGGAGGAAGACUCGGGACCCUUUCCCAAGCUUGUUGGUGAGCUGUUCGACAACGUGUCCGACAACAGGUCGCUGGUGUAUUUAAUCAGCGGCCCCGGCGUGGACGAGUACCCAGAGAUCGGUCUGUUUUCUAUAGAAGAUCACGAGAACGGGAGAAUAUAUGUGCACCGCGCUGUGGACCGAGAGACGACACCGUCCUUUAUGGUUCACUUCGACGUCGCCAGCCGCGCCACGGGGAAGAUCAUGGACAGCUCCUUCAUCUUCAACAUCAGGAUCCGAGACGUGAACGACCACGCCCCCCGCUUCCCCGCCGAGGAGCUCAACGUCAGCGUGAGGGAGAACCACGCGGCAGGUCGACCUGUUUUUCAGAUGUCAACAGUUGAUUUAGAUCAAGAAAACACUCCGAAUUCUCAAGUCCUUUACUCCCUCGUUUCUCAAACACCGGUCCUUAAAGAAAGUGGCUUCAAGAUUGACCGGAAUAGCGGAGAAAUACGACUCACAGGAUGCUUAGAUUAUGAGGCCGCGCCUCGGUUCACGCUGCUCGUCAGGGCGAGGGACUGCGGGGACCCGCCCCUGUCGUCCACGGCCACGGUUCACAUCAGCGUGCAGGAGGGCAACAACUACAGGCCCACGUUCGCCCAGAAGGAUUAUGAGGUUCGGGUCCCCGAAGGCCAGGUCCGCCCGGGCGCGUUACGUCUCCAGGUCCGAGAUGACGACGCGCCGUUCACGUCGGCCUGGAGAGCGGAGUUCAACAUAUCCCGUGGCAACGAAGAGGGGCAUUUUGACAUCGUGACUGACCCUGAGACCAACGAGGGGAUCCUCAGUGUGGUCAAGGCCCUGGAUUACGAAGCCCACCCCUCCUGGAGCCUCAUCAUCGUGGUGGGAAACGAGGAGCCGCUCUUCUCCUGCGAGGGCGGUAAGCCUCAGAGGCCGGGGCUGGUGGCCGCGAGCGCCACGGUGACUGUGCAGGUGACGGACACCAACGACCCGCCAGCCUUUCACCCCAGGAGCUUCGUGGUCAGCGAGGUCGAGGGCGCCAGGCCCGGCACCCAGUUGGGCAGUUUUAAGGCGACGGACCCGGACGGCCCUGGCAGCGGGGUCAGGUACCAGCUGGUCCACGACCCCGCCAGCUGGGUGGCCGUGGACGAGCGCUCGGGAGCGGUGGUCACCAGGAGGCAGAUGGACCGCGAGUCCCCGUACGUGAACGACAGCUUCUACGUCAUCAUCGCGCACGCUGUUGACGACGGCCGCCCGCCGCAGACCGGGACGGGGACCCUGUCGCUGCUCCUGUCCGACGUCAACGACAACGCCCCGACCCUGCUCCCGCGCUCGCAGUACCUGGAGGUCUGCGAGUCCUCCCAGGCCACGCCCCUCCUCGUGGAGGCGGAGGACGGCGACCUGCAUCCCAACGCGGACCCCUUCACGUUUGAGCUGGACUCGGCCUCGGGAAACGUGGGAGGCGCGUGGAGACUGGGGGAAAGGCAGGGCCGGUCGGUUGAACUCGUGAUGCAGAAAAGCCUCCCCCGUGGGGAUCACUUAGUGCCGCUGUCCAUCGGAGACCGACAGGGGCUGGCCCAGAAGCAGACCGUCCACGUGCGGGUCUGCUCCUGCCCCGACGGGGCCAUGUGCGCAGCGGAGGCGUCGCGCGCAGGGCCGGGGCUCCUCCUGGGGGUCCUGGUCCCUCUCUGUGUGGUCUUCCUGGCUCUGGCAGUUGCUCUGUUUCUCUUGCUGCGACGCGGUUCCCUGUCUGGAGCCAAGAGGCACAGGCGCUCGGUCCUUUGCGGGGAAGGCCAGCAGACCCUGAUCACCUACAAUGACGAGAGCAGAGCCCUCACAGCCCCAGCCGUGGGGUGCGGUGCGCCACCACCGGGGCCGCCGGUGACCCAGGUUUACCCAGCGACCGAGGUGCCCACGCAGACCCCGGAAAGGAGGAUGGGAGCUAUGGCGGAGAUGCUGCAUCAGCGGCUCCACGGCCUGGGCACGCUGGCCGAAGAGCCCGGGUCCCUGCCCCAUGUCUACACGGAGGAGGGCGAGUGCGAGCGGGCGGAGACCCUGAGCUCCCUCGCCGUCUCCGAGGGGACCCUGCCGCCGGGGCGGCUGGACUGGCUCCUCGCCGAGGCCUGAAGACCGACCGUGCUGCGUCGGACGGACGGACGGACGGACGGACCACGUGUUUCCCCCUAAAGGACGCGUGUCACAGUGCAUCGGGGUCCCUCCCCUCCACGCCCCUCCCUCCCGCCCCUCCCAGUCCUGGGAGCAGCAUAAGCUAUGAGUGUAGAUGCGAUGUUUUCAUGUUCUCAGACCAGACGCCUUGAAACAAAACAGCAGGUUAUUUUUUUUUAAACAAAUUUGAUUGGCCAGACAGGUUUUCCAGAGAAACUAGAGUUUUGUAAUUCCUCGCUCCCACGAGCAGUCCGGCUCAGAGGGUAAAUGAAAUGUAGGUUAACCAUGGGUUAACCAGCGAGGCGGCAAGAGCAGGGGAUUUUGGUGGGGGGUGGGGGGUGAAGGUAGAUAUUUCAGUGGUCAUUUAUAUUUCUGUAAUGAUGAUUCUGUUUCAGUUUAAAAAGGAGGUAAAUAGGAAAAGGUUUUCUAGAAGGUUUGUGAUCAGUGUUUUUGGUGACCGAAAAGAACAAACAGUGAACCCUGGGUGGUGCGGCCAGGUGGUUGGAGCGUCAUCCCGUAACCGAAGGGUUGAGGGUUCAAUUCCCGGUCAGGGCGUGUGCCCGGGUUGUGGGUUCAGUUCCGGGCCGGGGUACGUAUGGGAAGCAAACAGUCGAUGUUUCUCUCUCUCUCUCUCUCUCCCCCCGCUUUCUUCUCUCUAAAAUCCAUGAAAAAAAAAUCCUUGGGAGAGGAUAAAGGAAAAAACAACAAAAAUAGCGGUCCUUUCUACUUUUUGGGUACAUAAAUAUGUUAUGAGAAAAAUGAUUUUGCUUAAAACUUUAUACUCAAUACACACUUUAAAAAUGAACAGACAUCAUUUAUCUUGCAUGGUAUUAUGAAAGUAAAAGGAUUUAGUAGCCUUUUGUGUAUAAAUUCCAAUUAGAUCGUAUCUUUAAACAAAA